GACCAAGUGUAACCAAUGAGAUAACCUAUAGUGGACCCCACGCUAUUACUAAAGUACCAAACCCCUUAGUUCACUUUCAUUUUUCUUUUCCUGCAUAAUCAGAAUACUCCCUUCUCUCAUCUCAUCUCUCUCGUUUAACAAAACAACAACACCCAACCAUCUCAAUCUCUCUAAACUUCCUCAUAAAACUCACAUGUAUGUAGUGUUUUAAAUUCCUCAAGCUCCAAUCUCACUAGUGUUAGAGUACUAUGUUUGGAGCUCCAAGAGGACGCGGACGCGGAAGGCCGAGGCGUAAUGUGGCGGAAGAAGAGACUUAUGAAUAUGAGGGAGAAGCGAAUGCUAAUAUGUGGGCACACAUGAUGCAUCAACACCAGCAGUUCCAAGCCCAGCAAGCCCAACAACAUCAGGAGAUGAUGAUGAUGUUCCAGCAGCAAAUGAAUAAUGCACAAAAUCAAAACAUGGGAAGUGCAGCUUUCAGAGAGUUUUGUCGCAUGAAUCCACCUGAGUUCAUUGGAGAGUAUGUUCCCGCCACUGCAAGAGAAUGGAUUCAAAGAAUGAGUGGUAUCCUUGAAUCCAUGGAAUGCACAGAAGCCGAGAAAGUUACUUUCGCGACCAGAUUUUUUCGCGGAGCUGCUUGCAAUUGGUGGGAUGGCGCCCGAGCAUCCAUGUUGUCAAGCCAAACUGAAGUGAAUUGGGAAAAUUUCAGACGCCAAUUCAUAUCCCACUAUAUUCCCGAAAGCUAUCAAUUGCAAAUGGAGCGAGAAUUGACCGAGUUGAAACAAGGAAGCAUGUCAGUUGCUGAGUACACUAUGAAGGUGUGA